UAUACGAAGUUCAAUACAAUGGAGAAUGGCCCUCUGGAUGAAACGCCACUUUUCAGACCUGCUAUUUUAAAGGAAAUUGAUUUUACUAAAGCAUCUGUUAAAUUUAAUCCUCCUGUAUCACCGACCAAUCCUGGUGAAGAUUUGUUGAUGAGACCACUAUGCCAAGCUGACUAUGAUAAAGGUUUUAUGGAACUUCUAAAACAACUCACUGUAGUAGGUGACAUUCCUAAAGAACAGUUUUUAGCAAGAUACAAUCAAAUGAAGAAAUGUCCAAACACAUAUUAUGUCACUGUCAUAGAAGACACCUCAGUUGGCAAAAUAGUUGCAACAGGGACUGUUGUUGUGGAACAAAAAUUUAUUCGUGGAUGUGCUGAGAGAUCAAGAUUAGAAGACCUUGUUGUUGAUGAUACAUAUCGUGGCAAGCAAUUAGGAAAAUUAUUAUUUCAGACGCUGUUUAUUCUUAGUGAACAUCUCGGUUGUUACAAAUGUUCUUUGGAGUGCCUACCUUCGAAUGUUGCUUUUUAUGAAAAAUUUGGUAUUGAAAAAGACCCACAAUUGUUUAUGCAAUACAGAUUUAAAAAAACUCAAUAACUGUGCAAUCAUAAUAUUAUUAACAUGUUUUUUUAUACACUGGUUAGGGGUUAGGGAACAUUCAGACUUUGUCCGACCCGGUAUAAAUUGUAUGUGUACAAUGAUCUGUCAUCAUUUCCUGAACAUGCAUGGACCAAUGUCUUUCAAAUUCCGUAUGAAAAAAAUACAUGAUAUCCCCAAUAUGCAUGCCAAUUUUGGC